UAUAUUUGUUCAUCAAGUUAUGAAAUCUUUAUUAUGUUACUGCAUUAUUAUCGAUGUAGUAUAAGCUUUUUAGUUUCCGAUGAGAAAUACGGUGGCAAGCUGACAUCUAACGGUUCUUGGACCGGUAUAUUAAAAUUUGUGGAUCAGAAUAAAGUUGAUUUCAUACCUCACAUGUUUUCAUUUGAUGAUAAUCGUAAUCAAUUAUUGGAUGAUAAACAAUUAUUUCCACAAGAACAUUCAAUAACAAUAUUGAGUCAAAAAAAUUAUAUAAUCGAUUAUGAUCCAUUUAAAUUAUUUCAUGCAUAUACAUUGGAUAUUUGGUUACUAAUAUUAAUCAGCUUUAUAUCAUUUACAUUCAUAAUAAAUUUAUUCGAAUGUCUAAUGACAAUUAAUUAUGAAAAUAAUCACAAUCAUUGGUUUAGAUUUUAUCAUUUAGUUAAUAAUCUAAUUGAUAUUUUCACUUUAUUCAUGGGUCAAGAUUUAACCAAAUGGAAAAAUUCUGUCCGUAUUCAUUAUGAUGAUGAUGAUGACUAUCAUCAUCAGUGCUUACGACAAAAUUCGAAAACAGCUAUAAAAAGUUUAAGAUAUUCGUUGAUAAUCUGGAUAUUUGCAUCAGUGAUUUUGCGCUUAUUGUUUUCAUUAGACAUAUUGGCCUUAUUUUUAUCGGAAAAAGAGCAAAAUAUUGAUUAUUUUGAUCAAUUAGAAUCAUUACUACAAAAACACCCGAAUUUCCGUAUCAUAAUGGAUCCGAAAUCUUCGACAGGACAGAAAUAUCUACAGAAUUUUCCGAAAUCAAAAAAAUUCAUAAUACCUGUUGAAAAUCGUGAUUUAACCACAUGGAGAACAAUUGAAAAAUUAAGUAACGGCCAUCAUAUACUCAUUAUUGAUCGUAGACGAGCGGAAUUAUUAGAGAAUUUUUAUGAAAAUCUUAAACUACACGUAUCGAUUGAAGGUUUACGAAGAACUUUAGUAAAUUUAGCCAUACGUAAAAGUCUUGAUAAUCAAACAAAACAUUAUUUACGCCGAAUAUCAAAAAAUAUUCAUGAAAUGGGUAUCUGGAAAGUGAUGUGGCUUAAAUUAAUUAAAUUCAACCGGUUACAAUCUGAAUUAAAUAUUCUACAAAAUCAAGGAAAUUUAACACUAAAAAGCGCCGAAGAUAAUGCGAAAAAAAUAUCUGAAAUUAAGUUUAAAAAUAAAAUCUUUAUUGAGAAUAAUAUGACCGAACGUUCAUUGGAUGCGACAAAUACAUUAUCAUUAAUUUAUGUUUAUUUAUUGAGUAUCGGUUUUUCCAUAACAAUGUUUAUUAUCGAAAUACUUUAUUUUAUAAUAAAAAUAAAUCGGGAAGCAACUGAUCUGAGAUAG